AUGAUCUAUCAUCAUUUACCUGAUGAUGAUAAAUGGCAAUUAUUACAAACUCUAAUAAAAAUGACACAAUAUUUAGAAAUUCCUCACCUUCACCGUCUUUAUUUCGAUUUAAAUAUUGAAUUAGUUAGUCCACGUAAUCAAUAUCAUCUCGAUCUUAUUCCUGCACUUGUUAUGGCUAAGAAAAAGACUGAUCCUGAAAUUUAUACAACUGUUGUUGCAUUCAAAAUUGAAACUAAACACAUUCCAUCAUCACCCAUAUCUUAUCAUUCCACAUGA